AUGGAUAAUGAUGUCAGUCUGCUGGUUCUUCUUCAUUUCCAUCUAAUUUUUCUCAAUUGGUUUGUCUCUUCUUCAUUUUCUUCUAGUAGGAGUAAUCUCCAAUGUGUUUCUUCUUCUUCGUCGUCAGAUGUUACUCCUUCAGAAUUUCCACUUCUUCCUUUUGGAGCUGAUGAGGUUCUUGUUCCUACUGAGAGUAAGACAUUACAUUUGUAUGAAGCCAGAUUUCUUGCAUUGCUGGAAGAGUCUUUAAUUAGCAAGAACAAGUUAUUUGUUCAUUUUGUGCUGGAUCCAAUAAUUUCUAGUGCAACUGUAUCCGGAACAUCCUUUGCUGCUCGAUAUGGUUGUUUAGUUCUCAUCGAAAAUGUUGAACGGUUGGAAAUUGGAGCAUUAGUUUCUAUUAGAGGCAUUGGUCGUGUCAAGAUUGUGAACUUCAAUCAAGCAGAUCCUUACUUGAAAGGUGUAGUCAUCCCGUUGCAAGAUAACGUUCCUGACAGUAUGAACAAAGUUAGCUCUGACAUCACAAAGCUUAAGGAGUCGCUUUACCAGUUAAAUAGCUUGCAAAUAAAGUUAAAGGCUUCGAAGGAUGAAUCUCUGCAGACUCAAAUAACAAACUCUCUUAGAUGGGCCGAGAAAGAAUCCUCAAUAUACUGUGAGGAAUCUUUCAUUCCAUCUCUAGCAGAGCGGUUAUCUUUUGCUGGAUUACAGCCUGUUUCAGGAUUUAGUCAGUCAGAAUCGGAGGAUCUGCAGAGAGAAAAGUUAGAAGCCAUGGAAAUGAAAGACACGUCAAAAAGGAUAGAGAAAACACUAGAAUUUAUCAAGCAGAACACUUCCAUGGUUGCAGCCAAGCUAGCUAUCCAGUCGUUGGGGGUGCAGUAGUAAGCCAUGGAGGACCGAAGAACUAUGCAAGAGUAUAUAAGAUGGUGUUGAAGAUGUAAAUAUCUGGUCCCUGGAGCCUUUGUAUUGGUUUUCUUUAACAGAUUCUGAUUUGGUAAAAGAAUCUAAUAAUUGUAUGAGUAUGCUUUUGAUUCAUGUUUCCCAUUCAAGGGUGAAAAUUUCAGAGAUAAUACAAAAAGGAAUACAUAGAAA